AUGCUCUUGACUCGUCCAUGUUUACUACAACGCGCUCGAUUACUAUUACGUCUACGUGCACGUCAAUCCUGUGUACGACUUUAUGGAAGCUCUCGAAAACGCAGUUGGUUUGACCGGUUUCUUACACCCAAAGAAGAACAAGAGCUUUAUUUCAACAUCACUUCGACAUUUCGCGACUAUUUACAAAAGCAAUCGACCAAGAGUGCCAAAUCGUAUUCCAACAUUAUCGAACAAGUCAUUUUGACAGGGCAUACAGCACCAGCCACCACGAUCCCUUUCCAUCGACUCAAUGCCAUCAAGCAACAACUCGAUGACCCCUCCACGACGGUGAGCGAGCUGGAGUCAUUGUGGCGUGAGAUGAAUAAAGGCCAAGUCAGCAGUGUGGCCAUGUACAAUCGAUUGAUACGAGCCUUUAUACGAUGCGAUGCAUUAUCCACAGCUGAAAAGGUGUUUCAACAACUCAAACUCAUGCCAACAACACGCACGUUCACGUACCUUAUUGAUGCGCAUGUCAAGGCAGGCAACGUGGAUAAAGCACGCAUGUACGUCGAGCGUAUGCAAUAUCUAGACCAGGUGCGUCCUCGUCAUCCUUUCGAUUACAGUGUCAUGCUACGCUAUUAUAUCCAGGCGGAGGAACCUCAUGCAGUCGAUCUCUUAUGGAACGAUCUUCAACACCAUGUGGAUACCAUUAAACCGGGAUGGAGUCUUUAUGCGUACUACAUGGAUUGGUUGGUGACACGUGGUCAAUUCAAAGCACUCGAACGUCUCAUUUCUUCAUCAUCACAAUUGCCAUCGACCCCUCCUCCACGUCAAAUGCUUCCAGUCCUUGAUCGUAUCAUCAACACACUCCUCACUUCAUCCUCGGCGAACGAACAGACAUUGGGACAAGCAUUAAGAAGAAGGAUUAAUGAUAGUAUUGAUACCACGUCAAGUAAAUCAUAA